CCCAGUUCUUUCUGUCCUCGCUUCAGCUCCAGCAGCAGAUUUUCUUCUCUCCUGGUCUUUUUCUCCUUUAUUGUCCUUUUCACCUUCCUAACUGUCUGUUUUCUGUCAGUUUUUUCUUCUUUUCCUUGUUUUGUGUUCCCUAAAACAAAAACAAACAAAAAAAGAAAAGAAAAGAAACAUUAGUUAGUCUUUCCCUUACCUCUUCCCACCUCCCCCCCUUCAGCUCCUUCCAUUUCAUGGGCAGCCCGCUUAGGGCAAGAAUUGUUUUGGUGCCCAGAGGCAAAAUUCAGGACCGUUUGGGUCCGGGACUUUCAAGGGCUUUCGGCACCCCAGCUCCGACGCGACCGAGCUUGCCGCUCUGCUCUCCGGAACCGGGGCAUUCUUGCAGGCGGGAGAAUUCUGCACUCCCCAGCUGCACAGCAACGAACGCCACAAUCAGCAAACCACUACAGAUAUGUUGAGGACACCAAAUGCGGAUGCCCCGAUUUCGCAAUUGGUGUCGGAUUCCUUGGCAUCUCGAGAGGGUAAGUUUUCUCUAAAAGACAUAGCUGACCAGAAGGUCUAGCUGUCAUUUAAUCGUGUCAUGAGAACGUGUCCCUGGUGGUCCGUGCAACAGCGGCAGCAUCCAGGGCAGCCCGUGACUCCUUAUUAUUGGUGGUCAAUCUUCUGAGUGAUCCUCCAGGGGACCCAGUUAAGAUGUGACAGCAACUAUUCAAGAUCCAGAAGGCGAAGGCCUUUAUAGCCGAUGCCACUCUUGAUACGAUUAGAUUCUCAGCGCAAGAGGCAGUUUCAUCAUUUGUUGGCAGACGCCACUUGUGGCUCGCUACCGUCUCUUACGACAGUAAGAAGCUUUUUGGUGAGUCUGCCCUACAAGACAUUCUUGUAGAAUCGUCUGAUAAGUGAAAGACGAUGCCUUCAACCAAUAAAAAGACUGAUAAACAGCCUUUUAAAAGGCCCUUCCAAUACAAUCGGUCCUUUCAUAGCUUCCGGCCCUUCAGGGGCCAGGACAGAGAUACAAAAUUCCAGAGGGGAUCUUGGAAUCCUCAGAGAGCACCCUUUAGAGGGUUUGGUACCUACAAACGGCAAGCUGCUCAGUCAAAGCAGCAAAAACCCACUACAAUGACUUGAAGCAUUUCAGGCUUGGAGGGCAUUUGUCUCACCUCGCCCCAGCCUGGGAAGAUUCAACCUCAGACAACUGGGUUCUGCAGCUGAUCCAUCACAGCUACAGGAUAGAGUUUCACUCCUCUCCCCCUGCUGCUUUAUCCCCACUCCAAGGUCAAAAGCAUUCUCAAAGCAUUUGCUGAUAGUCUAGGCGAUCCAACUCCUCCUGGACAUCAGGGCAGUGGAGCCAGUGCCUCUGGCACAGAAGGGAGAGGGAGUUAAAACAAAACAAACAAACCAAAACAUGUGCCCAUUCACCCCGACAGCAGGCACCUCCUACGCUUCAAAUACGCAGGCAAUCAUUUCCAAUACGCGGCCUUACCGUUCGGCCUAUCAGCAGCCCCCAGGAUCUUUAUGAAGGUUCUGGCACCGUUGGUCGCCCUGCUGCGCAUGAGGGGUAUCAGACUGUUUGCGUACCUGGAUGAUUUGCUUCUGAAAGCCCCCACCCUCCAGGAGGCUCAGCGGGACUUGCAGGUCACUCUCCAGGAAUUGGAGGCUCACGGAUUCCUUAUCAACCACCACAAAAGCCAUCUGGAACCAACACACCACCUGCAACAUCUCGGGGUAGUGAUGAACACAGAGGAGGACCGCCUGUACCUACCUUGGGACCGGUUCGAGAUCAUCACAAGGGAGGUCAAGUCGGCCCUGAUGUCAUCAAGAAGUCGACUGAUGUCCCUCUUCAGGCUAUUGGGUCUCAUGGUCGCAACCUUGGACGUCGUACCGUGGGCAAGACUCCAUCUUCGACCGCUGCAAUGGUUCCUCCUACCUCACCAGCACUCCAUCGCAAAGAGGAAGCUCCUGUACCUACAGAUUCCGAAACAAGUUCGCCAAGCUCUAAGGUGGUGGUUGAGCCCGCUCAGCUUGUUUGCAGGAAAGGAAUUCCUCGAUCCACCAGGAGUUUUGGUCACGACGGAUGCGAGCAACAGGGGAUGGGGGGCUCAUUGUCUCCACCUUCCGGCCCAGGGUCGAUGGGAUCCCGCGGAAAAGGCACACAGUAUCAAUUGGAGAGAACUGAGAGCCAUCCGGUUAGCCCUCAUCGCCUUCCAAACGACAAUUCGGGAUCGCCACGUCCUAGUAAAAACGGACGACACAACAGCAAAGGCACAUGUCAAUCGUCAGGGGGGCACUCGAUCACACUCCCUUCACCUGGAGGCAAUGCUUCUACUAAACUGGGCGGUGGCCAACGUUCAUUCCCUAAUAGCUCAUCACCUCAAAGGGGAGCUAAACACAAAGGCCGAUUGGCUAAGCAGGGAGGACAUUCAUCCAGGGGAAUGGAGUCUUCACCCAGAGGUCUUCCACCUUCUAACCCUACGCAUGGGCGUACCCUGCAUGGUCUUGUUUGCGUCCCCGAUAAACACCAAAGUGUGCCAGUUCAUGUCCAGGUUCCCCGCUCAGGGAGCGACGUCAGUGGACGCCCUGGCCAGCCCGUGGCCCGAGGGGCUGCUGUUCGCCUACCCCCCGACUCCUCUACUGACCAGGGUCAUCAGGAGGAUUCGCCUCUUGAGGGCCCGAGUCAUAUUAGUCGCCCCCUUCUGGCCCAGGAGGCCAUGGUUUUCGGAGCUCGUUCUCAUGGCAGAGGAGGAUCCAUGGCAACUACCUGUGAGAGAAGACCUGCUCUCCCAGGGACCGGUUUACCACCCCGACCCAGCGUGGUUAAGGCUGACCGCCUGGAAACUGAACAGAGCUUGUUAAAGGAGUUCGGCUAUUCCAUGGCGGUCAUGAACACGAUCUUGGCAUCUAGAAGGCCUUCCACGAAUCAGAUAUACCAGACAACCUGGCAGGCGUUCCUCAAAUGGUCCUCUCUGCACUCCAUCCCUCGGGGGUUGGCUUCCAUCAAACACCUCCUGCAAUUCCUUCAAGAUGGGUUAGACAAGGGCCUCAAGCCCAACACCCUAAAACGCCAGGCUGCAUCGUUGCUGGGCCUUAUCUCAGGCAGACCCCAAGAGUCUCUGUCCUCAUAUCCGCACCUGCGACGUUUCCUGAGAGGAACCACCCUCCUAUCGCCUCCAGUAAUACACAGGUUCCCAUCAUGGGACCUCCAUCUGGUACUCUCCGCUUUACAGCACCCUCCAUUUGAACCAAUAUCCUCCAUCCCACUGGAAACAAAGAAAUUGGCCUUCCUGGUGGCUAUCACGUCGGCACGCCGUAUUUCAGAGUUGAGGUCUCUUUUGGUCGAUAAAGCAUUCUGUGUGUUCCAAAAGGAGGUGGUACGGCUGAUACUGGAUCCUUUCGUACGCACGAAGGUGCCUUCCGUCUUUCACCAAUCUCAGGACGUUUUUCUGCCUUCAUUCUGUCCUCGUCUGGCGCAUGAACGAGAAAAGCUCUGGCACAAGCUGGACGUGCGUAGAUGCUUAAAAACUUACAUCAAACGCACAGCUUCCCUACGCAACACCAACUCCACGUUCGUGGAAGUUCGCGUAAAGGGAAAGGGGUCCACCGUUUCCGCAAAAACCAUCGCUCGCUGGAUUAAAGAUUGCAUAGUACUGGCUUAUCAGUCUAUGCGCAAGAGCACGCCUCCCGGAAUCACGGCACAUUCCACUAGAUCAGCAGCGGCCUCAGCGGCCUUUUCAGCACACGCUCCGGUUCAGGAUAUUUGCAGAGCAGCAACAUGGUCUACGCCCUCAACCUUCACAAAGCACUAUAAGAUUGAGACACACGCCACUAUCCAGGCGGCCGUCGGCAGAAGGAUCCUUCAGCAGGUCCUCCCACGGGACUAGGCAGAAGUGGUUUCCCUCCCUGUGGACCAAGCUGGGGUAUGUCCCCAGAGAUGUCCCUGGCAUCAAGAACUGAGAACGGAGCAUUG